AUGCUUCGUCAAGUCAAGCCGCGCAAUGCGCGAAGCAAGCGCGCCCUCGCCGAUCGCGAGCCCAAGGUCGUCGAAAACCCCAAGCGUCUCAUGGCCCUCAAGGGCUCGACGUGCAGCCAGGUCGUGCAGGAUGCGCUGAGCAACCUCUGCAUCAUGCGGGAGCCGCUCGUCAAGAAGCUCACGAAGAAGAACGAGAUCCACCCGUUUGAAAAGGCCGACUCGCUCGAGUUCCUCGGCGAGAAGAACCAGUCGUCCCUCGUCAUGUUCGGGUUCCACUCGAAGAAGCGGCCGCACACCAUCACGUUUGCGCGCCUCUUUGCGCACAAGGUGCUCGACAUGCUCGAGAUGCACCUCGACGUCGACACGUUCCGCCAGCUCGAGCAGUUCAAGGGCGCCAAGUUCGCCGUCGGCCAGCGGCCCAUGGUCGUCUUCUCCGGCACGGCGUGGGACUCGCCCGUGGCCAACGAGUACACCAUGGCCAAGAGCAUGUGGACCGACUUCUUCAAGGGCGAGCCGUCGGACAAGGUCGACGUCGAGGGCCUGCGCUACCUCGUCAGCCUGUCGGUCGAGGAGGAGGGGCUCGCGGGCGCCAAGCCGCCGAUGCGUCUGCGCGUGUACACGAUCCGCACGAGGCGGUCCGGCCAGCGGCUGCCGCGCGUCGAGGUCGACGAGAUUGGCCCGCGCAUGGACUUUCGCGUCGGCCGCAUGCAGCAGCCCGAGGAGGCCGUGCUCAAGGAGGCCAUGCGCCGGCCCAAGACGACCGAGGAGCGCACCAAGAAGAACAUCAAGACGGACGAGAUUGGCGACAAGGUCGGUCGCGUGCACACGGGCCGCCAGGACCUCAGCCAGCUGCAGACGCGCAGGAUGAAGGGUCUCAAGCGCAGCCGCGACGUUGCCGACGACGAUGCGGCGAGCGACGACGAGGUCAAGACGGACAAGAGGAAGAAGAACUGA